AUGAGAGAAAUCGUUCACGUUCAAGCUGGACAAUGCGGAAACCAGAUUGGUUCGAAGUUCUGGGAAGUUAUCUCCGAUGAGCACGGAAUUCAGCCCGAUGGAACGUUCAAGGGUGAAAGCGAGCUUCAACUAGAGAGAAUCGAUGUCUAUUACAAUGAAGCGAACAACGGAAAAUAUGUUCCACGUGCAGUUCUUGUGGAUCUAGAACCAGGAACGAUGGACUCUGUCCGCGCCGGACCAUUCGGACAACUUUUCCGUCCUGAUAACUUUGUUUUUGGACAAAGCGGCGCAGGAAACAAUUGGGCCAAAGGCCACUACACCGAAGGAGCUGAGCUCGUCGACAAUGUCUUAGAUGUGAUCCGAAAAGAGGCGGAAGGAUGCGAUUGCCUUCAAGGCUUCCAGCUAACCCAUUCUCUUGGCGGAGGAACUGGCUCCGGCAUGGGAACACUUUUGAUCUCGAAAAUUCGCGAGGAAUAUCCCGAUCGUAUUAUGAGCUCAUUCUCUGUCGUUCCAUCUCCAAAGGUUUCCGACACUGUUGUUGAGCCAUACAAUGCAACACUCUCCGUUCACCAACUGGUUGAAAACACUGACGAGACUUACUGCAUUGACAAUGAGGCUCUUUAUGAUAUCUGCUACAGAACCUUGAAACUUACCAAUCCAACUUAUGGGGACCUCAAUCAUCUUGUAUCAUUGACCAUGUCUGGCGUGACCACUUGUUUGCGAUUCCCUGGACAAUUAAAUGCGGAUCUUCGCAAACUUGCUGUCAACAUGGUGCCAUUCCCUCGUCUUCAUUUCUUCAUGCCUGGAUUUGCUCCAUUGUCCGCAAAAGGUGCCCAAGCAUACCGUGCAUUAACGGUUGCCGAGCUUACCCAACAAAUGUUUGAUGCGAAGAACAUGAUGGCUGCUUGCGAUCCGCGUCAUGGACGCUACCUCACAGUCGCGGCAAUGUUCCGUGGACGGAUGUCGAUGAGAGAAGUUGAUGAGCAGAUGCUUAAUGUUCAAAACAAGAACUCAUCAUAUUUCGUUGAAUGGAUUCCAAACAACGUGAAGACUGCGGUUUGCGAUAUCCCACCAAAGGGAUUAAAGAUGGCCGCUACAUUUGUUGGAAACUCGACUGCUAUUCAAGAGCUGUUCAAGAGAAUAUCUGAGCAAUUCACUGCCAUGUUCCGCCGUAAAGCUUUCCUUCAUUGGUACACAGCUGAGGGCAUGGACGAAAUGGAAUUCACCGAAGCGGAGAGCAACAUGAAUGACUUGAUUUCCGAAUACCAACAGUACCAGGAGGCUACUGCCGAGGACGAACCACUCGACGGAUAUGAUGGAGAAGAGGCCGGAGAGACCUACGAAUCGGAGCAGUAA